AUGACGAGUUCGUUCGCGAAAUCGAAGCGCGCGCUUCUACUUUUGCUGGUAUAUUCCGCCUUUAUCUUUUCCGCCUCUUCUUCUUCGUCUUCGUCUUCUUCUGUUCGACUCUCGACCGCAACAUCCCGGGAAGGAAUGUUCGGAAAAACGUUCAAGUGGGAAACUUGCGAAGACGAUGCAAAAAAAGACGACGACAUCGAAGAUAAAGAAGGAAAAGACAUCGACUUAACCUCGGUCGCGUUAAACCCAGACCCGGUGAGAACCGGCGGCACCGCAAAGUUUAUUCUCAGAGGGAACGUAAUGGCAGAUUCCAUUCCGACGACGUCCGUGAUUGACGUGCAGAUUUUGUACCAAGGCGUGCCUUUGUACACGGAUACCUUGUCCUUGUGCGAAACGAUACGCGCGGACGAAACAGAUCCUUCGCAGCCGACGAAGUGUCCGAUAGAGAGAAAAACGAAUGAUGAUGAUGCGAAUGCGACGACAGUGGUGACAAUGGAGUACGACGCGGCGGUUCCGGAGUUAGCGCCGAGCGGCGAGUUUGAAGCGCGGUUGGUCGGGAAGAGGACGGAAGCGGCGACGAGAGGGGAGGUGUUUUGCGUGAAGGCGACGUUAAGAGUGAAAGGUCCGUUUUGA